GUUGAUUAUGAUGAUGGUGAUUCAUGGCUAGUAAGAUUGGUACAGCAGGCAAUAGAAGUGGUACUAUUGGAAUGCCAAGUUUCAUUUCUCAGAUGCCUGUUUCUAAUCCCAUGGGCACAGAAGCGAACAAUACAAAUACUACUAGAAUGUCUGAUUUUGGGGUGCUCGAGCAAUAUCUUGGAUUCCGUAUUGGAGAUGGUGCUAAUGUCAAUCGAAGUCCGCUAUUUAAUUCAACAACUGCAACUAAUCCAGCAGUGGGUUUUGAAGUCUCUGGAACCAUCAAUAGGACUUUAGCUCCUUUAAAUACAAGUUUGCCUACUGCUACUCCGGGAUCUCAGACAAUGCAAUUGCAAUCAAACCUAGUUUCAGUAUCAGGCACUCAUCAUGAGAAUUGGGGAGAGUCAAACAUGGCAGAUUCUGGUUCACGCACUGAUACUUCAACUGACAUGGAUGCAGAUGAUAAAAAUCAGCUGAUUGAGGCAGGUCAAUCCAGUGAUAAAUCAAAAGAAAAAGUCUUGGAUCAAAAGACACUACGUCGACUUGCCCAGAACCGUGAAGCUGCUAGAAAAAGUAGAUUGAGGAAAAAAGCAUAUGUUCAACAGUUGGAGAACAGCCGGCUGAAGCUAUCCCAGUUGGAGCAGGACCUUCAGAGAGCGCGUCAACAGGGGAAGUACAUUUCAAACAUAGCAGAUCAAUCAAAUGGAGUGGGUGCCAAUGGGCCCUUAGCAUUUGAUGCAGAAUAUAGUCGAUGGUUAGAAGAACACAACAAACACAUCAAUGAGCUAAGGACAGCUGUCAAUGCACAUGCAAGUGACCCUGAACUGCGAAGUAUUGUGAAUAAUGUCACUGCACACUUUGAUGAGGUCUUUAGGGUGAAAGGAAAUGCAGCCAAGGCGGACGUAUUCCAUGUCUUGUCGGGGAUGUGGAAAACCCCAGCUGAACGGUGUUUUAUGUGGAUUGGUGGCUUCCGCCCGUCUGAACUUCUUAAGCUUCUAGUCAAUCAGUUAGAGCCGCUGACCGAGCAGCAGUUAGCGGGCAUUUACAACUUGCAGCAGUCAUCCCAUCAAGCAGAAGAUGCUCUUUCACAAGGUAUGGAGGCGUUGCAGCAAUCCUUGGCUGAGACGUUAGCCAAUGGAUCUCCUGCUCCAGAAGGAUCAUCAGGGGAUGUAGCUAAUUACAUGGGUCAAAUGGCAAUGGCAAUGGGGAAAUUAGGAACUCUUGAAGGUUUUCUCCGUCAGGUAACUCUAUAUUUGCUGCAGCUGCUGUUGCCUAUUCUUUGUUUAAGUUGUUUUAAUAAUGGAUCUGCCGUAAACACAUUCAGUCGUUUAAGCAGUGGA